GUAUCAUUUAGGAAUACAAUUUGUGACACGAAAGUGAGUGAACUCGUGCGUAAUUAAGCGAGUCGUCUUCACUUGCCUUUACCAACGCCAAAUUCCAUACUUCGAUUCAAAAUUUUACACCCUCGCAGCUCGCACCUUUCCCCCUUUCUGCUUCACCAACGUCAACUGCACUAUCUCCCUAAACCCCUCACUUUCCCCACUCCCAAUCCCAAUCCCAAUCUCAAUCUCAAUCCCAUUGCCACUUCUCUCCGCUAAAAUAAAUUAUUAUUAUAAUAAUAAUAACAAUAAAUGGGUGGGAAACUCUUCUUUUGGCUCGUCAUUUGUUUCCCUUCCAGCAUUGCCCUUCUCGCCACAACUUUCUACCAGGUUUUGAUCCUAUCUGACUUGGAAGCUGACUAUAUAAACCCGUUCGACGCGGCGUCUCGGAUUAACUACUUCAUUCUUCCUGAGUACAUAGGACAGGGAGCUCUCUGCGUACUGUGCCUCGUCACUGGACACUGGUUCAUGUUCUUGCUCUCUCUUCCAGUUACUUGCUAUCACAUCAUGCGAUAUGUGAAACGGGAGCACCUUAUUGAUGUUACUGAAGUGUUUAGAGGACUUAAUGCUGAGAGGAAAUUUCGGCUAGCCAAACUUGUCAUGUACUUAAUACUCCUCAUUGUAGUCAUAUUCAGGAUUCUGGCAGCAGGAAGUUCAAUAUUUUACCACAAUUCCAAGUUUGAAGAAUUAGACAUUCGGUUGAAUACUCUAGGAUACUAGUAUAAUUCUGUAGUCCUCUCAACACAGAUAGUGUGCACUGUUGUAUAUUAGAUUGGUCUAUCUCAUUAGGAAAUAAUUAUCUUAUUUGGUUUUAGUGACUAUUAGAGCCAUGUAUCUAAAGUUUCUUUACUACUUCCUCUGAUAUUGCUUUAUAUCUUCCCUAGUUGUCAUGUUCUGAAUUGUUGAUGUAAAAUUAUGUGAAAUUCUAAUAAAUUUCCUUGAUUUGCAA